GCUAGGGUUUAACGCAAUCACAAAAAACUCAUUCUCGUGCUGAAAUCUGUCAAGGUUUUGUUGCGAUUCGUUAUCUUUUUCGAUCAGCUGGAAAGGAUAAAGAAAACAAUGGCUGAUAGGGAAGCCCCUGGUUCUUCAGCAAGAUCACUUUUUAUUGGAGGCAUUUCUAUGGAUAUAACCGAAGAAUCAUUGAGGGCUCAUUUCAGUCAGUUUGGAGAGAUAGCUGAUUUAGUACUAAAGCGUGAUAAAGGUUUUGGGUUUGUUACAUAUGCUAACCCGGAAACUGUAGAUGAAGUUUUAAACACAUACCAUAACAUAGCUAGUAAAGAGGUGGAUGUGAAGAUACCGGUAACUUAUAGACAGAGAAUUCAUGUUGGUGAUCUUCCAUUGUCUUUAACCGAAGUUUCAGGUGAGUUGAAGGAAUAUUUUUCGUCUUAUGGCAAUGUUGUGGGAAAUCAGAUCAUUUUGGAUAAAACAACUGGCCGCUCCAGAGGCUUUGCCUUUGUGAGUUUUGAUAAAGAAGAAGCAGUUGAAAAAGUUUUAUCUCAUGGAGAUAGGCAUGAACUUUGUGGCAAACAAGUUAAAACUACGAGGGUUUUUCCAGUUAGAGCUGGUGAUCGUGAUCGUAGUUGUGGGUGCAACAGAGAGAACGCUGGUAUUGAAAGUGACAAGUUCGCCUCCAAGGCUGCAAAUGAGUUUUGAGUGUUGCAUUUUAGGUGUAAAAUCUUUGAUGGUGCAUACAUUUCUUUGUUUUAACUUUUUACACGUCAAUCAAC